UACUGCGCCUGCGCGGGGCAGCGGUCCCGCCUCCAACUGCUCUGCAGGAAAACCCGCUGGAGUCCGAGUCGGGAAGCAGCCGCCUGCCUCUGCGAGCAGGUUUUAACGGCGGCUGGACGGGGCGAUGUGGGCACAGGGGCUGUGAAAGAGGUAAUCAAACUUAUGAAACUUGUUAGAGAUACAGAAGACUGCAGAUACUAUAAUCCGGAGGAACUCAUUUUAGGACUCGUAUGAAGAUCUGAUCACAUUUUGAACCAUAUUUAUGCAGAGAUAGAGAAGAUUCUACAGGGUUCAGUUUCUAGCACCACUGUACCUUCCAUGUUUGCAGGCAAUAGACAAUAGUAAUCAUGAGUGGUGAUUCCAUCCAGGAAGUGGUUACGUCCCCUCCUCCACCCAGUGUGAACCACAAGGGGGGUUACUUUGAUCGCAACAAUGAAAGUGAUCCUGAAUGUAUUCAAGAAAGAAACAUAUCCCCAGAUUUGAGACAGGACUUUAACCUGAUGGAACAGAGAAAACGUGUUUCUCAAAUACUGCAAAGUCCUGCCUUUCGGGAUGAGCUUGAGGUCCUCAUUCACGAACAGAUGAAAAAGGGUAAUAAUCCUGUGGGCCUGCUUGCCCUGCAACAAAUAGCAGAUUUUGUAAUGGCAAGUUCUGUUGCAACUUUACCUUCAACACAACUUAGCCUAGGAAUUGCCACACCGAUCAAUGAUCUUCAUGCCAUUGAAUCUGCUACCUUUGCGAAAGGAGAGAAGUUGAUCCGCUGUAAAGUUGCGAGCCUGUAUAGAAUGGUAGAUCUCUUUGGAUGGGCGCAUUUAACCAAUAGCUACAUAACAGUCAGAGUAAACAAAGAACAGGAACAUUUCCUCAUUAUUCCCAAGGGCCUUUCUUAUUCUGAGGCCACAGCUUCAAAUCUUGUGAAAGUUAAUAUACUGGGUGAAGUAGUGGACCAGGGGAGUACAAAUCUGCAAAUCAACCAAGCAUCAUUCAGCCCACAUGCAGCCAUCUAUGCAACACGCCCUGAUAUCAGAUGUGCAAUCCAUCUACACACACCAGCCACCGCUGCUGUCUCAACCAUGAAAUGUGGUAUCUUGCCAAUAUCCCAAGAAGCCUUGAUUGCAGGUGAUGUUGCAUAUUACGACUAUCAUGGUUCACUUGAUGAACAGUGUGACCGAAUUCAGCUGCAGAAGUGUUUAGGCACUGCUUGUAAGAUAUUGGUUCUUAGAAACCAUGGUGUGAUCGCACUUGGUGAGACCAUAGAGGAAGCUUUUCACUACAUCUACGUUGUUCAAUUAGCCUGUGAGAUCCAGGUAAGGGCCUUGGCAAGUGCAGGUGGAGUGGAUAACUUACUGCUGCUGGAUCUGGAAAAGUUCAAACAUUGCACACACAAGGUGGAUUUUGAAGGAGUCAACGUGGGAAGCACACAAAAGUGGAGAGUGGGAGAACAAGAAUUUGAAGCUAUGAUGAGAAUGUUGGACAAUCUGGGUUACAGAACUGGCUACACCUACAGACACCCAAUUCUGAGAGAGAAACUAAGGCACAAGAGUGAGGUGGAGAUACCUGCAACUGUCACAGCAUUUUCCUUUGAAAAUGAUGCUCUACCACGUUCUCCCCUCAAAUUCCUGGCACAGAAACAACAACGUGAAAAGACAAGAUGGCUGAAUACUCCAAACACUUACAUGAAGGUCAAUGUCCCUGAAGAAUCUCAGUCAGGUGAUUGCAGUCCUAGAUCAAAAACCACAUGGAAGAAAGCAGACAGCACUUCAAAAAACAGCAGUGGGACACCAAUCAAGAUAGAAGAUCCUAAUCAAUUUGUCCCACUAAAUACGGAUCCACGAGAGGUCCAUGAUAAGAGAAACAAGAUCCGUGAACAAAAUCGAUAUGACAUGAAGACUGCAGGGCCACAGUCGCAAUUACUGGCUGGUAUUGUUAUAGAGAAGAAAAGCACCCCGCUCACACAACUGGAAAUUGAAAGAUUGGAAGAACAGAUGCCGCCAGGCCCACCAAACCCAUUCAAUUACCUCAAUGAGAAUGAAUUGGAGGAAUACAAAAGGAUGAUUGAACGAAAACAACAAGGAUUGGAUGAUACUGAGCAUGAAUUAACAUCAGAUGAUGGUUCUGCGUUAUCACCAGCUCAAUCCCCACAAGCCUCACCAACAGCAUUGGAAGUAUACAGGAGGAUGUGCGUAGGUUAUCGUGGAUCGGGAUCAGGAAAAAAAACGGAAGUUCUCUUACUAAAAAACACAAUGCCGUUGGUGGUGGUGAAUGGAGGAAAGGAAGAUGGGCAAGCUUUUGCAGAAGAUGUAACAAACCGCAUCAGCCAGUUAACAACCAACACUGUGGAGACUGUGGAGGUCACCAUCAAGUCAACAGAAACAGUGGAUUUGAAUGCCGGUGACACCCUUUCACCAGAGGGGUCUCCUUCUAAAUCUCCAUCAAAAAAGAAAAAGAAAUUCCGCACACCAUCCUUCCUGAAAAAGAACAAAAAGAAAGAGAAAGUGGAAGCAUAAUGAUGGGUUUUCAGGGGUGUUGCGCAAUUAAAUUUCUGGUCAGAUUAAUGUCAGUCUUAAAUGCAUAACUGACACAUUCAGCUAAAUGUGCUAAACAUCAUUUGCCCGUGCACUGACCAAGAAUAGAUGGAAAAAUGGCACAUUUAUACAGAUAGUUUAAAUCUGACAUUGAAAUAUUAUUGCAAGUUUCUUUUAGAAUUAACCUUUUGCCAAAAUAAAAUCACAUUCUAGUUAAUUCUAGACAUGAAACAGUUGUACUAUGGAAUUGAUUUUAACCUUUAAACAAAGCUCAUCUCAAUAAAUCCACCAAAGUGUGGAAAUUUUAUACAUUUAGACAGAUUUAAUCCAUGACUGAAACUUUCUAAAUUUUUUAAUACUAUGAAAUAAACGUUACAAGCAUGCUGUAUGAGGGUCUAAUGAGAAAAGUAAAUGACUAAGAAUGCUUGUCUCAAGUAUACCUGGGGUAAGUCUAGGCAUGUUGUGGUUCUGAUAUUGGAUUAGGUUAUACAAAACUGGACUCGUGUCAAUAGUGUUUUUUUGUUCUUUUUUAUACUGCACUUUUUGGUAAUACUUAAUUUACUAGUGACUAAAACUUAAGUGAAUUCAUGAGGUAACCAAAUGAAGGAGAAAUAAUGCUACCAAAAAGGGAAAGAGGAGGUGCUGUGAGAGUAAUUAAUGGGGAAAGGAUUGAGGUGUAUAAAUGGCAAGUGGUAUUAAAGCAAUUGAUGUUUUUUGAAAUUGUGGAUGAACUUGUGUAAAAAGCAAAAAGGCAUGAAACUAACAUUUUAAAUGCAUGAUAUAGAAAAAUUAAGCUAGAACAGGACAAUCAACCAGUGCUAGCAUGCUCCUUGAAACAUCUGAUUUUUGAUUGACCCAUUCUUCCCCAUUUCUACCCUUAACUCCUAACAUGCCAAGUAAUAUGGCAACAUUAUUUGGAUUCACGUCUUGACCAAUAUCCUUGUGGCACAUGAUUGGCAAUCAGUUGUUGGCCACUAGGCUGAAUGUACUGGUUUGGCUUGUCCAUUGAUGAGUUGUAGGGUUUGUCCUCAUGACCUGUGUUAGCUGAUACUUUCUCUCUCCUGAAAGAUUAGUUUUCCCAGUAUAAGAUUGAUUUUCAAUGUGAAUUUCAACCCCAUUUUUAUUGCAGUUGUGAAUUUAUUCUUGUUUCGUGACAAUAACAAAUGUUUAUAACAGUAUUUUGCCAGGAAACCCAUUUUUUUAACAAAAAGGAAUUUUACUGGAUUAUCAUGUUAUUAAUUGUCAAGAAAAGCAGCCUCUAGAAUUUAUCUUUCACAUUUAUAUGUAAAAGUUAUCUUUCAUAUUACAUGUUCCCAUGUAAAGUACUUGUAAUGCAUUUGCUAUGAAGUAUUUUCUUGUGUGAAAUGAAAUGUGCAGUGGGUAACAAUAAGAUCAUGAUUUUAAAAGACUGGGAAAAUGAUGAAUGAUGCGCACAUUUUGUGAUUACAACUAGACUAACUACAUGCUGAUGACUUCCAUGUCCUUCUGAACAAAUUGCCAACAUUGGGAGAAGUAAUUAUAUUUUUAAUUUGAGUCUUUGUUUCAGAAUGACAAUAUGGUAUUUUUAUAUGCAUAAGAGAUAUAAAAUUUAAGCACUAAUCUGCAUAUUCUUUCUGCAUGUAUACAACCUUGACGAAGAUGGGUUUACCAGAUGAACAGAUUUCUGUUACUUUUUUUUCAGCAAAAUCUUUUAUUGGUAAUUCUGCCAAAAAUAGGACUAAUAAGUUUGUGACUUUAAGAUUAGAAACUCAAAAGAAAGCCACUAGAUGUGUUUGGGAGAAAAUAAAGAAAACCACUAACAUUGGGGUCUGUGAUUUGAAUCCCAAUUAGCAAUGUGAAUGAGUUUUUGAUUCUGAGUAUCGCAUGUUGGUGAAUAGAAUCAGAGUUGAUAGAUGGUGCGAGGCUGUAGAAAUGGAUCUCUGAAAGGGAACAACACCAUAUCAACACUAAAUACUGGAAUAAAAAAAUAAAGUUUAACUACUUGUGUUUUUUUUUGUUUUAUAAAAAAACAACUUUUUAGUUAACCCUUUAAGACAAUUAUCCAAGCCUUAUGCUAUUGGUAAAUUUGGAAAGAGGGUAAAGAGAAGGUUGGGUUUUUUUGGGCUGGGGUGGGAAACUGCAUAAUUUAUGCAGCUUUUGUGCAUUGCUUUAAAUGGAGUUAAGUGAUCUUGUUGCACCUUGUUAAAGGCACUAUAUGUAAGUGCAGCAACCCUGUGGAAUAUAUAAAGCUUUAACAAAAUUGCUUUCUAGACAUGUUGCUAAACCAUUUAAAGUCCACUAAUAAACAGUAUUUUACAAUGUGGAAACAUCUCAUUUUAGUAAUCUGUAAUUUGUACCUUAUACUAGACAUUUUUCCCAAUAACCUUACUCUUUGAUUGAAAUCCUAAUUAUUUGAUAUUAUGUGCUUAUUAAAUUAUAUUCUAAUAAAAUUCCAUAGCGUUCUUAUUUUUGAAAUUCUGUAAUGCAUCUAAACUAUUGGAGUAUUUUAAAAUCUGGAAUCUGCUUAUGGAAGAAUGUAAAAGAAAUGGCACUCUGUAUAGCAGCUUACUUGCGCUAUGAAAAAAUUAAAUACCUAUAUCAACACCAAAUUUGUCUUGCCUCUGCAUGAAAAAAAAUC